AUGAUGACAUUUUAUGAGGUAGCCGGCGUUGUUGCCACCACUGGGAUUAUCUACAAAGUCUUCUACCCAUUUCUUCGAGUACUGUUCUAUUUUACCAUCGGCAAACGCAUUUUCUCAAAACGGAAUCUGUUACCGAAAUUCGGGGAAUGGGCAAUCAUUACGGGUGGUGCGGACGGGAUCGGCAAAGCGUUCGCCCAGGAACUAGCCAGCGAUGGACUGAAUAUAUUCAUCCUGGGACGUACGGAGGAGAAACUGAAGUCGGUCGCUUCGGACCUGGAAAGAACUUAUCGGGUCCAAGCCAAAUAUCUUACUGUAGACUUUACGAGA